GGAGUGGAAAAUUGCAGUAGUUCUCUUUCUUCUUGUUCUCUAUUGAGAAGAUAGAUAGAUAGAUAAAUAAAUAAAUACAAGUUAAACCCUAAAAUCACGCUCAUACUCACAUUCCAAUUCAAUGGCUUUGGCCAUCUCAAACAUACUUCACUUUCACUACCCUAAAUUCAACAUUUCCCGUUCCCAAAUUUCAACUUCUCUCAGGUUUCCUAAGAGAACAUCAUGGAAUAACAGACUAAUUAUCAGUGCUUCUGCAUCUGCAGCUGGAAGUUCUAAUCCUAACGGUGACUUCAAUCCAUAUGAGAUUAUUGGUGUAAGCCCUAUCGAGAAGUUUGACACGAUCAAAGCAACAUAUACUAAGAAAAAGAAGGAAGCUGAGAUUAAGGGUGAUGAAGAAACUGCUUCCAAACUUGAAAAGGCAUAUGACAAACUUAUGAUGGCUCAGUUGAGUAAUCGGAAAAAGGGUGUCACUUUUGGAUCAUUUAAGGUUUCAAAGGACAUAAAGUAUGCUGACAAGCAGCCAAUUAUACCUUGGGGACCAAGGUUUGCUAAAUCAAGUGAAAAUGAUGUGCGCAUCAACUUGGCAAUAGCUGCUGCUUUUACAGCUUGGAUCGUGGUCACCCGUAGUGCUGAUUAUAAACCUUUGCAGUUUUUAGCCUUUGCUUUUGUAUAUAGGCUUUUUGAGAAGUUAAAAUCCUUCGAUUCUCCUAAAAGCUCCACGAUUAAUGAAGAUGGUGAAGAUCCAGGAGAAGGACUGCGCAUGGGAAAGAGACUACUCCGAUCGCUGGCCUUGGUUUUUGGAUGUGUAGCUGUUUCAUCCUUGGGUUACACUUUCGCUUUGAACAUAAUUGAGUCUGCAAUUGGUUCUAUCCCACUUUUUCUUUACAACAGUCAGGAGUUGAUAAUCACAGCAUCAUCGGCAUUCAUGCUCUUUACUUUGGGAUCUUAUUAUAGAUAGUGGACCUUUCUUGAAGGCGAAGAAACCAGUCAAUCUAGUGCUGAUCAGAAUACUGUGUUGUAGUACUCUUGCGUUCCUAAUCUUCCUUUUUUUCUUUCUUCUUUUCAGUUCUUUUGUUGUUUCACUCAAAUUUUAUCAAAGGAGAAAUACAUUUCUUUAUAAAGUAGGAAGAGUGUUAAUUUCAAGUUUUGUUCUAAUUUUUUGGUUGGUAAGUUUUGUUCUAUUUGAAUGUUGUGUAUGAUAUUCAUUUGGGCUAUUCUGUUCGAAGCACCUCCCUAAGUAA